AUGGCGCAACAACCGAUAGUCUUUUUCGGAAACGUAGGUCGAUUGGAAAUUUAUGAAGAUGGUGAUGACUGGAAAUUGUAUCGACAACGUCUGGUACAAUAUUUUGUAGCCAAUGAUGUACAAGGCAACAGGCGAGUAGCUGUUUUAUUUACAUCAAUUUCUAAAUCAGUCUAUUGCACACUAAAUGAUUUAUGCGACCCAGAACUACCAGAUUCGAAAACGUUUGACGAAUUAUGCAAUUUGCUAGAAACCCAAUUUUCACCGAGAACCUCAGUGUGGCGAAAACGCAUAGAAUUUUACAAAAUGCAACAAAUGCAAGAUGAAUCUAUUACUAAAUAUUAUGCACGUCUUAAAAGCUUAGCCGCUUUAUGCAAUUUUGGCAACGAUUUAAAUAACGUUUUGCGUGACCGCUUUGUUAGUGGAUUAUUGUCUGGAAAAAUUUUAGACAGAUUGUGUGAAGAGACGGAAACAAAGACAAUUCAAGAAUUAUUGGAAUUAGCAUUAAAAAAGGAAACUGCUUUAAGUGAGAUGUCUACAUCCAUCCACAAAUUAAAUGCCAAACAAAAAUUCCAAAAUAAGCACAAAAAGGACACGUCUACAAAAACUAAACCUAAAGGAGACACGGCGUCAUCCGCAGAUCAACUUAAAUGUUAUGCAUGUGGUAAUACUAAUCAUAAUUUUUCUAGUUGCAGGUAUAAAAAGUAUAGAUGUAAAACAUGUAACGGAAUGGGACAUAUAGCUAAAGCAUGCAAAAAGGCAGACACUUCCACAAAUUAUUUAUCGGAUCAAACAGAAAAGUCAGAAAUUUCUGAGAAGGAAACAAUAGAAAUGUUCAGUCUAAACAUCGAGAAGACAGUGAUUGAACCAAUUAAAGUAACUAUAAAAAUCAACGGCGAAAUUUUUGUAACAGCAAAUUACGGUAAAUGCUUUGUACCCGCGAGAUUAUUAAUUGUAAAAAGCGAAGGUAGACCAUUGUUAGGUCGUGAUUUGAUAUCAGCAUUUAAAAUGUUUAAAAAUUUUCAAGUCAAGUUAUUAGCUAUUAAUUUUAAGAGCGACAAAAAUAUAGAAAAUAAGUUGAGUUUGCAAUCAUUAUUAGCAGAGUUUGCAGAUAUUUUUAAGCCUAGUAUUGGCACGUACAAGCAUGAAAAAAUUCAAUUAAGUCUUAGAGACAAUGUAUCACCUAUUUUUUGUAAACCGAGACCAAUCCCUUUUGCAUUUCGCGAUUUAGUUGAUGCAGAACUUACAAAGUUAGAGAAACAGGGAGUCAUUACUAAAGUAGAAAGCUCGCGUUGGGGCACACCAUUAGUACCAGUAUUGAGAGCCAAUAAAACACUGCGUUUAUGUGCUAAUUAUAGCCUAACAAUCAAUCCACAUCUGGAAGACGUUAAUUAUCCACUGCCCAAGAUUGAAGAAAUUUUUACUGCUGUUCAAGGUGGACAAAAAUUUACUAAAUUAGACUUCAAGAAUGCAUUUAAUCAAUUAUUGCUAGAACAAAGUACACGUGAAUUAUUAGCUUGGAGCACGCAUAAGGGUAUAUUCCUUGUAAACCGUUUACCCUUUGGCACGAAACCUGCGAGUGCCAUAUUUCAAAUGAAGGCAGAAAAUAUUAAGGGACCUCAAAGGAGUAGCUGUAUACAUCGAUGA